AUGUCUUCCAGCCAGAAUCAGUUCCUCAUCCUCUCUCCUGAGAUCCGGUCCGCGACCGUCCCGGCUGCGACGGCUCCGCGAUUCCUCUCCCUCGCGCCGGACGUGUCGGACUCGCACCCCCGCGCCCAGCGCACCCGCGCCGACAGCGACGCCUCCUCGUCGACCGCGUCGGCCAGCAGCCCGACGCUCUCGGCCGUGGACGCCGCCGUGCCCGUCGCCAACACGCGCGUCCUCAAGCUCAGCCCGGUGCACUGGGGCGCGCACGUCGAGGACCACCAGGCCGACUACCACGACCUGGUCCAGUCUGAGUGA